AUGAAGACUUUGACUCUGAGCAUUCUGCUUGGCCUGGCAGUGGCAGUUUACUGCAUGCCAGUAUCUCAGAUUACUGGACAAGAUGAACGUUUUGCAAAGAACUACCUGAAGAAAUUCUUCAACCUGACAGAGGAGGAGGGUCCAGCUGUCAGAAGGGGCAUCAGCCCACUGAACAAGAAGCUGGCUGAGAUGCAGAGAUUCUUUGGUCUCCAGAUCACCGGGUCUCUGGAUGCUGACACUUUGGCCAUGAUGAAGAAGCCCCGCUGUGGGGUUCCCGAUGAACAGGUCGCUCGUUUCUCCACUUUUGAUAACAACCCUAAAUGGCAGAAAAACAGCCUCACAUACAGGAUAGAGAACUACACACCUGACAUGUCUGUGGCAGAGGUGGAUGACUCCAUAGACAAAGCUCUGCAGGUGUGGGCCAAAGUCACUCCACUGAGGUUCACAAGGAUCUACAGCGGCAUUGCUGAUAUUAGGAUCUCCUUUGGUCGCCGGGCACAUGGUGAUUAUUACCCCUUUGAUGGCCCUGAUGGCACUCUCGCCCACGCAUUUGCUCCCGGUGAUGGCAUUGGAGGGGAUGCCCAUUUUGAUGAAGAUGAAACGUUCACGUUCCGCUCAAACACAGGCUACGUCCUCUUUAUGGUUGCUGCCCAUGAAUUUGGUCACUCUCUGGGCUUAUCUCACUCCAAUGACCCCGGUGCUCUCAUGUACCCAGUGUAUUCAUACAGUAACCCUGACACCUAUGCUCUUCCACGGGAUGAUGUUAAUGGCAUCCAGUCCCUCUAUGGUCCAAAUGACGAUACCAUUGAGCCUCCACCUACAGCCCCCACUACUCCUGAUGCCUGUGAUUCAACGAUGGUUUUGGAUGCUGUUGCCACACUGCGAGGAGAGAUGCUCUUCUUCAAGGACAGAUUUUUCUGGCGCAACCACCCUCAGAGCAACACUCCUCAGCAAACUCUCAUCACAAAUUUCUGGCCCGAUGCACCUGAUAAUAUUGAUGCUGCUUAUGAGAGCCAACAAUCAGACCGUCUCUUACUUUUUAAAGGUCACAAGGUGUGGGCUUUCAGCGGCUAUGAUCUUGUAAGUGGCUAUCCUAAACCAAUAUCCAGCUUUGGUCUGCCCAAACAGGUGAAGAAAGUUGAUGCGGCCCUCUAUGACGAACAAAGUGGGAAGACUCUGUUCUUUGUAGGCAGUGAAUACUACAGUUAUAAUGAGGCCACAAAGAAGAUGGAUGAGGGAUUCCCCAAACAGGUGGAUGAGACCUUCUUGGGAAUGACCUCCAAAGUGACUGCAGCUCUGCAGCAAGGAGGGUACACCUACCUCUACAGUGGACCACAAAUGUUUGAGUAUGCCAUGUGGAGCGGGAGGCUGUACCGUGUGCUGAGGAACAGCUACUUCUUGCCCUGCACCAAAUACUAA